CACAUCUCUUCAGAGACACACUGAAGAGUUGAGACACAGACGACUGACUCUCAGGUGUUUUAACAGAGAACACAGCACAAGACGGGCGAUCAACAUAGACUGUUCUGUGUGUCAGAAUGGCAGGAAACUUCCAAUGGAAAUGUUUAUCCAGCGUGUUCAGUGCAGGUGUUUUUAUUGCAGGAUGCACCAUUCUCCUUGUCACAGCUUUUCCACUUGUUCAGAUCACGAUUGGUGCAGUGUACAUGUAUGAGUGUCCAGCAGCGCCAGUUAUCCCAGUGUAUGUGCUGCUGUUUGGGAUAUUGGCCCUGCUGGUAAUGGGCCUAUUUGCCUUGCCAAAGUUCCUCUGUGCAGCAGCAUCGGGCAGCAGGAUCUGGACUGUGUGUAACCUCAGCCUGGUCCUGUUUGCCUUCAUCUGGUUCUUCUACGGUAGUUACCAGGUUUAUUCUGUAUAUCCACCCAACUACAACAAGAACAUCACCAGCCAAAGCACAGUCAACACCAGUAUCUACCCUCCUACUGCACCUGACAACAAGCUUGGCCUCAUCCUGCAGAACUGGAACCAGAGCCGUCCAAACCUUAACCACACCAAGAUGAUCAAUGACAAGCAGACUUCCAGAAAACUGAUUCAGACUUUGGCCAGCAGCAAGACAAACAGAGAGCACCUGAACGCUCCACAAGCACGACGUGUCACGACUGUAGUGCCUUACUGUGACAGAACAAUGUACCUGUUUGCCUUCUGGACCACCACGCUGGUAUAUGCGAUUGCAGGGAACACCCUGGUGAUGAUCCUCUGUUUAUAUGGCUUCAUGAAAAUUACAAGUAAGAUUACAGAACUUCUCACUACCUGAACUGAGCUGGAUAUGAUUCCACUUCAGAGACUUUUAACCAUCACAUGAGAGAAGCUGAAUAAGUAAUUAUGCUUUGUAAUGACCGGAAUGCUUCAAACACCCAGAGAAAUAAAGCAAAAUAAAGGAUUUUAGUACUUCCUCUUCAGUUCUGACUCAGACAGCAUUUGGAAACACAGGUCCUACAGUAAGUUGCUUCAGCACAUAUGUUGAUGUAAGUGAUUGCUACACACAGUACACUCCAAUCUACCAGUCAACUUAGGGUUGUUUAAUAAUGAAGGGGAGUUUUUUCAGAGGUUUUAACCACAUCUCAGUCUUCUACAGGAUACUGAGUUGGGCCUUUAUCACUCUUUUCUCUCAUUGUUUUCCCUGCUGUUUCCCCCUCCAUAAUGUGUUUUGUUUUGUCCCUAGUCUGUUCUCUGUGUCUGUCAUACAUGGAAGCAUAUACAGAACCAGUCAAAAGUUUGGGAAAGUGUGUCCAAACUUUUGACUGGUAUCCAGGGGAGAACAGCAAGCAGUUCCGCUAUGCAGCUUACAGACUGUUGUGUAACAAUACGGAGCACUAGGACAGGGUCACAGUUGUUAUCCCUAGUUGCUGUGUCUGGAAAAUACGUGACCAGUACCCAGAUCCACAUGGACAAUAUCAAGGAUUCAUCCAUAGUAAUGUGUGCAUUAUCACUCAAUACGUUGAGUAUUUUGCUGUCCUUUUCCCAGGAGGAUGUAGGGCUGUAGGAAUACCAAGUAAUAUUUUUCUUUAUACAUUACUUGUGUCAAUAUUUUAAUUUUUAUUUGCAUUAUUUAUAUGCACAAUCUAU